GAAUUAAGGGGGGGGGGAGUGAGGCAAGAGGGCUGUGGUUUACUUCCUCCUAGCCCUCAAAAUCAAAACAAUAUUCGUGCGAGAUGGGCGAGUCUGCUUCCUCGAAAGGACAUUUUCUUAUCUAACAUUUCGGGGAGCUCCACGAACAGCGUCUGUUGCAACAUGCUUCAGCUGAACGACACGGUGGAGCCGGAGAGUCCGGGCGCUGCGAUUCUCCACCCUGCAGAGACAGAGGAGGGGGUUGAGGUCGCGUUCACACCGCCGGAGGCCGGAAGAAGCCUCGGACACGGAGCCUGCUGUCCCCCGUUACAAACGCUGACACCCUUUCAUGUGCAUAACCCUACAAUUCAAGCGAAAGUAAAGGACUAUUUCGUGUUCAGGCCAGGUACCAUUGAGCAGGCUGUGAACGACAUCCGGACUGUGGCACUCCCUUCUGAGGAUGGAGAGGUGCUCAGUGUCUGGCUGCUUGUAGAAGUUGACCACUGGAACAAUGAAAGGGAGAGACUUGUUCUUAUCACUGAUCGGUCCCUGCUGGUGUGCAAGUAUGACUUCAUCAACCUGUCGUGUCAGCAGGUUGUCAGGAUCUCUCUCAAUGCUGUAGACACAAUUUCAGUGGGCGAGUUUGAGUUCCCACCCAAAUCUCUAAACAAGAGAGAAGGCUAUGGGAUUCGAGUCCAAUGGGACAAACGUCCCCGGGCCUCGUUUUUAAACCGCUGGAACCCCUGGUCCACAGACAUGCCCUAUGCCACAUUCACAGAGCACCCAAUGGCCCGUGCUGAUGAGAAGGUGGCAUCCCUCUGCCAGUUGGACAACUUCAGGACUCAGCUGGUGCAAGCCGUAAAGAAAGCCCAUAAGGAGCACCCCAUCCCAGGUCGGGCCAACGGCGUCCUGAUCCUGGAGAGGCCCCUGCUCAUCGAGACCUAUCUGGGCAUCAUGUCCUUCAUCAACAAUGAGGCCAAGUUGGGCUACUCUAUGACCCGUGGCAAGAUCGGCUUCUAAAAAUCCACUGUUCUUGUGCAUUACAAAGGAGAUCAACCCAUGUGUCUGUGUUACACUGUGCUGACUGAGGGGAAGAUGUAGCUCGACUACAGUGAAAUAAGAAAUGAGUCUGCGUUUGUGUGUCUGAGUCGGUCCAAUGAGAUGUCAACACCUUUUUAAGUCGGUUGUCCAGACAAGUGGUCAGUCAGUGUACUGUAAGGUAGACGAUGCACAGCUCUGCAUGGACUGUCUACUUGUGUGUUUUUGCGCCCCUACUCUCUUUUUUUCUCCAACAGUUUCUUGCACAUUUGCAAUUACGCCCAUGGGCCUUCAUGAGUGUAUGUGACAUUAGAAGGAGAGAAAGGACACAGCACUCUCAAUAAUUCAUAGUCCUUGUACUCAAAGGCAGGGUUGGUCAUUUUGGAAAAGUAGCAUUCCCUCAGUGCUCCGUCUGCACCCACCCCCUCCCCUCUGUGCUCCCUCUAAAACCACGCCCAUCACUUACAUGCACAAGCUCCAGAAGUGGACUUCAGCUCAUGCUUUUUCAGUGUGGGCUCGUGCAUGCAUGGUGUUAGAGAACGAGCAGGGAGACAAGGAGGCGUCUGAUUGGUCCAUCAGGUUGGUACCUUGUGGCAGACAUUGGUUGAAGUUUUUACAGGCUUAAGACUGCUACAGAUGACAGAUUUUCUUCGUUCCUUUUUCAGAGAACAUGAGUUAUUAAUGUCUGUCAGGACCUAAAGACAAUUUCAACCAAAAUCUCAAAAAGUGUGUCUGGAGAAAAUUACCAACCCUGCCUUUAAGUUAGAAUGAGUAUUUUAAAGUAUCAUGCUCCUUCUUUAACCAACUGUAGACGGACUGUAUGAACUAAUAAAAACCUAAGAUCAAAAAACAUUGGUAAGAAUGAUUCUGGUCCAGGCACUAAGGAUGGUUUGAAAAUUAUAAAAGGCCUUUAAUUCAUAGGGCUACAAACAUUUAAAAUACACUAAUGUGUGAAACUAAUACUUAUGAAUGAAUUAUGGUGGUCUACAAGUCUAUACUGAUUAUCUGUGUUAUUUGUGGAAAUGAACAGAUGGGAUUCCUUUUUCACAGUGAAAUUUAAAGGAUGAAUAACAAGUUGUGACCUUUCUCUUUUAAUGGCCAAUGUUGUGCUUUCAGUGGUUAUAUAAAAAUGUCAUUGUCUGUCAGAGCAGGGAGCUCAUGUAACACCUGAGGGGCUGCAUAAACUACAAUAGCUUCAAUGUUCUUCUAUGAUUCAGGUGUUUCAUGCUACAUGAAAUUGUAAAACUUGUCUUUAUGUUUGUAAGUUGUAUUCAAAGUUCUGUAACUUGGAUUGAGGCACAUUCAAAGUAGAUUCAAAGCUUUGCUUCAAUUUAUUACCACUUACUGUAUGUAGUGACAUGAUUUAUUUUCAAAAUUGUACUACCAAAGGUAAUAGGCCAUUAUUUCAUGCUAAGCAAUGCCAAUGAAUAAUUGUCUCAAUAAUGCCUUCUCCUGGUGAACAUGUGCAUGCUCCUGUAUGCUGAGUUUGCAUGACAGAUGUGUUUUUUUUAAAGAGUCUCCUUAAAUCUUUAGUACAUUUUAGUCAGGUAUUAUUUAUUUUCUGUUUACGUUGACAAAUUCAUAUUUUAAUGAACGCUUCAACAAAUGCAGAUUUUGUUGCCAGUUCUGAAGUGUUUUAUUAAGGGUUAUUAAAAGACAUGAAGUAGUUUUUGUGAACAUGCAAAGGUUUACUUUUUGUUGUACAUGUUUGCAGCACAGUAGCCACCUUGGAAAUAAUAAAUGCUAACAUGUUGUGGUUGA